UGUUUAGAAGUUGAAUGGCUCGCCGGUAGAGGGGUGAGAGGGACAAUCACGAUGAACCCCAUCCCGUCCAUGGACCGACACAUCCAGCAGACCAAUGACCGACUGGUUUGCAUCAAACAGCACUUACAGAACCCUGCAAACUUCCACACGGCCGCCACAGAGCUGCUGGACUGGUGUGGCGACCCCCGAGCCUUCCAGCGACCCUUCGAGCAAAGCCUGAUGGGAUGCCUCACGGUGGUGAGUCGUGUAGCUGCUCAGCCGGGCUUCGACUUGGACCUGGGCUACCGGCUGCUGGCAGUGUGUGCGGCCAACAGAGACAAGUUCACGCCCAAAUCAGCAGCACUGCUGUCGUCCUGGUGUGAGGAGCUGGGUAGGCUGCUGCUCCUCCGGCAUCAGAAGUCUCGGCAGGGGGAACAGCAGGGGAAGGUGCCCAUGCAGCCGCCCAUGGGCUCCAUGAAGCCCGGACUCUCACACGGUGACGGGUCAUUUCCGUACGACUCGGUUGCCUGGCAACAGAACACCAAUCAGCCGGGAUCCCUCUCUGUGGUCACCACCGUCUGGGGCGUCACCAACACGUCACAGAGCCAGGUUUUGGGGAACCCUAUGGCGAGUGGGCAGAACCCCAUGAACCCUGGCGGUAACCCCAUGGGCCCGUCGGGCAUGUCCGGGGGCAACCCGGGGCUCAGCUCGGGGCAGUUCCCCGGCCAGCAGCAGCAGUUCCCGGGCAAGGGCAACAGCAACCAGCAGUACAUGCAGCCCAACAUGUACGGCCGGCCCAACUACCCCGGCGGAGGGGGCUACGGGGGCAGUUACCCCGGCGGUCCUAAUGCUCCCGGUGGCAUGGGGAUGCCCCCCCACUCGCGACCGCCCUCCGAUUUCACCCAGCCGGCCGCCGCUGCUGCUGCUGCCGCCGUCGCUGCGGCUGCUGCUACGGCAACAGCCACUGCCACGGCAACCGUCGCCGCCCUCCAGGAGACCCAGAACAAGGACAUGAACCAAUACGGACCGAUGUCUUCCUCUUUUCAGAUGGCACCCAACCAGGGCUACGGGGGCCAGUUCAUGAACCAGCAGGGCCCCCCUCGAGGCCCCCCCUCCAUGGGACCCGGCGGCAUGAACCCAGGCGGCCCCAUGGGGGGUGGCGGGGGCAUGGGUGGACCCGGCAUGGGAGGCCCGCCUAUGGGCAUGAACCAGCCACGACCCCAGGGCAUGGGGCCCUUCGGGGGCCACGGCCAACGGAUGCCCCAGCAAGGGUACCCGGGGCCCAGACCACAGGGGAUGCCAAUGCAGGGCAUGAAGAGGCAAUACCCAGGAGAGGGCAACUAUGGGGGCCAGCAGUACGGACCAAACAGCCAGUUCCCUCCUGGCCAGCAGGGGCAGUACCCCAACCCCAACGCCUCACGGCCCCUGCCCUCGCCCAACUACCCUGGCCAGAGGAUGCCAGGGCAGCAGAACUCCGGCCCAUACCCCCCACCCGGAGCCCCCAUGGGCCAGUACUUUAAGCAAGAGCCAUUUAAUGGGCAGAGUAAUAACUUUUCUGGGAGUGGAUUCCAGUAUAGCCAAGGGAAUAUGAACGGGGCUCCUCGGCCAGUAGGCAACUAUCCCCAUUCGCCAGUGCCAGGCAACCCCACGCCCCCCAUGACCCCAGGAAGCAGUAUGCCGCCAUACUUGUCCCCCGGACAGGACGUGAAGCCGAUCUUCCCGCCAGACAUCAAACCAAAUAUGAGCGCACUGCCUCCCCCUCCAGCGAACCCCCAUGAGGAGCUGCGCCUGACGUUCCCGGUGCGCGACGGUGUCGUCCUGGAGCCCUUCAGGCUGGAGCAUAAUCUGGCGGUCAGCAACCACGUCUUCCACCUCAGGCCCUCCGUACACCAGACACUCAUGUGGAGGUCAGACCUGGAGCUGCAGUUCAAGUGCUACCACCACGAGGACCGUCAGAUGAACACCAACUGGCCGGCGUCGGUCCAGGUGAGCGUGAACGCCACGCCCCUGACCAUCGAGCGCGGCGACAACAAGACCUCCCACAAGCCCCUGCACCUGAAGCAGGUGUGCCAGCCGGGACGCAACACCAUCCAAAUCACCGUCACCGCCUGCUGCUGCUCGCACUUGUUUGUGCUCCAGCUGGUCCAUCGGCCGUCUGUGCGGUCUGUGCUCCAGGGCCUUCUCAAGAAGAGGCUACUCCCCGCCGAGCACUGUAUCACCAAAGUGAAGAGGAACUUCAGCAGCGUGGCGGCCUCCUCCGGGAACACCACCAUGAACGGGGAGGACGGCGUGGAGCAGACAGCCAUCAAAGUCUCGCUCAAAUGCCCAAUCACCUUCAGGCGCAUCCAGCUUCCCGCACGGGGGCACGACUGCAAACACGUACAGUGCUUCGAUUUGGAGUCGUACUUGCAGCUAAAUUGUGAACGAGGCACGUGGCGAUGUCCAGUAUGCAAUAAAACUGCAUUAUUAGAAGGCCUGGAGGUCGACCAGUACAUGUGGGGAAUCCUGAAUGCCAUACAAAACUCGGAAUUUGAGGAGGUGACGAUCGACCCGACGUGUAGCUGGCGACCGGUGGCCAUCAAGUCGGAAAUGCACAUCAAGGAGGACCCCGACGGGCCCCUGGCCAAGCGCUUCAAGACCAUGAGCCCCAGCCAGAUGGUCAUGCCCAACGUCAUGGACAUGAUCGCACAGUUAGGGCCCGGGCCCUCGCCAUACCCCAACAUGUCCUCCCAGCAACAGCAGCAACAACAAGGGGGUGAAUAUGGCAAUCAAGGUAACAAUUUCCAGGGACACGGCGGCAGCUUUGACUUCCCGCACGGUAAUGCUGGCUCGUCGGUGAGUGACUUUAUGCACGGCCCGCCACAGCUCUCGCACCCGCCUGACAUGGCCAGCUCUCUCAUGGGCCCCGACAAACCCCUCAGCCACAGCAUGCAAGACACAGUACCUCACUCCAUCAGCACUGACUCCCCCCACAACCCCAUGCAGCAACAGCAGCAGCACCACCAGCAGCAGCAGCAGGGUCUGCACGGCCCCUCCCACCCGGGCACCCCAUCAGGACAGCCACUCCACCACGGUGGCGGUGGCCCAGGGGGCCCAGGAGUCCCCGGGGGUCCCCAGCCUGGGGGUCCCCAACCUGGCCGCCAGCAGCAGCAUCAUCAGCAGCAGCAACACCCACCUCCUCAAGGCCAACCUCAUCCGCAUCCGCAUCCACAUCCACAUCCACAUCCACAUCCCCAACAGCAGCACACACCCCAACAGCAGCAGCAGACCCAGCAGCACCAACAGUCCCAGCAGCAGCAGCAACAGCAACAGCAGCAGCAGCAGCAGCAGCAGCAGCAGCUAUCCCAGCAAGGCCCCAACAGCCACCCAUCGUCACAUCCAGAUCUGGGCUUCAACCCCUCGGCUGGGCUAGAUGGGCAGGUGCCGCCCGACAUGCCUGAACCUUCCCUGGAUCUUCUUCCUGACCUGGCCAACCCAGACGACCUCUUGUCUUACCUUGACCCUCCCGACCUGCCUAGCAAUAACAACGACGACCUUCUCUCCUUAUUUGAAAAUAACUGAGGUGACAAACACUAAAAAGACGGCAGCAGGCACCUCCUUCCUUCCUUCCUUUACUUCCUGAUUGUCUCCUAUUGGUUGGGAGGCAGCAGCAACACUUUGGUGAGACCGGCCUAUUGGUCGGUUGACAGCAACAACACAGUACUUGAUGGAAAAGAAAAAAAAACUCAAUGAACUCACAAAAAGAUGCACUCCCCCUCUCUUCUUCCUCUACAAUGGACAGUUUUCAGAGGCGUGACUGAACAGUUUUACAGAAAAAAAGAAACAAGGAAAAGACAGAAAGAACGAAAUUAUAAAUGCAACUUGUUUGCAUUUGCACUGGUGGCCAUAGAGUGACAACCUGGAAAAAGACGUCAUGGAAAACAAAAAACUGUGCAGCUAUUCUAGAACUUUUCUUUUUUUUGUUUUCAAAAAAGAAAAUCUAAGGCACGUGGGAUCUUUGUGUGAACCUUCUCAAAUAUGUAGUAGCAUUUUUUUUUUAACUCAGAUGUGUUUUACCUGAAGAAGUUUAAAACAAAACACAAAUUUGUCAACAAAAGUCACAAGAAAAUUGUCAAAAAAAAGUCCCACCCUGGCCAGUCUGUCCACCCAUUUUGUGUUCUACGUUUGUCUUUUCAGUCCAUCAGAAAAUCCUGGUGUUAUUAACGUCUCUUAUUUCCUCCCCGUUGCAACCAGUAGUACUGUCUAUUCCAAGCGCAUACAUUGAAAGCACAAGUGGGUAGCCAUUUUAAUGAAUUACAUGACUAACGUUUUUUUUUUUUUUGGAACUAGGAGCACGUCUCAAAGGGACAUUAGUCUUUUAUCCACAGUUGUCAACAACACAACAAAAACACUUUCGAAAUGUCAUAUGUUCUCCCAAGAAUUCUGCAAUUGGACUUCAU